CGCCAGGGGAUUGGCUGUUGUUGGGACACGUGACCCGUCGGGCCGCAGUACAGACAGUGUUGUGACAGUCGGGUGAGAGGAGCUGGGCGGUGGGGGCGCCGAGCCAGGGUGACAGGAACCGCGGCAGCCGCGCAGGGAGUCCCGGGCAGACACUCAGCCUCCGACCAGUGAGCACGUUGAUGAGUGCAGCCUCCCGAGUGCCCCCCAGCUGCCCAUGUCCCAGCGGGGCUCUGAUGGUUUGGGCGGUCGCGCAGCACACUGAAGCCGGGGGUAGAGGAGGACAGUGCCGCGGAGGGGAGAUGGAGCCCUGGGACAGCGUGCGGCAGAGCCUCGGUUACAUGUAGCGGGCGGGGGUAUGACGAGGAGCGGGGUGACGAUGCUGUAAUACCAGUCGGGGAGAGGGAGGAUGGCCGUGGGAUUAGCUCGGGAGGUCAGUGAGUGACUGCUGCUGCUGAGGGGAGCGGGGGCCGCGCACGGUGCCGGGAGCGGGGGGGAGGCAGCGGAUCAGCCCCCAGUGACCCCGCGGCGGCUGCGACCUUGCUGAUCGCAUAUUGAUUAACCGAAGUGACAACAAUGUGUCAGCUGUGAGCCGGGGGAGGGGUCAGCUGUGUGGAUGGCACGGAGGAGACGUGGCUGCCUGGCGGUGACCCGAUCCGGGUGACUCACCCGCUGAUCACACAGCCCGCGGGCUUUCCUCCCAGUCUGUGUGUGUGAGAGGAUGGUGAGAGCAGCCUUGAGUGUAUAAAUAGACAGUGCCAGGAGAGGGCCGGCCGGGCAUCGUCCCCAUUACCCUCUCCGGGCAGCCAGGUGUGAGGGGCAUCGGUGAGGAGGCCGGUCCCCGGUGAAGAGACCUCGUCAGUCACUCAUGAGACCCUCUCCCUGUGGGACAGACGGCAAGAUGAAGCCAGACAGAGACUCUUUGGACGAGUUCUUUGAGUAUGAGGCGGAGGAUUUCCUGGUGUACCUUGCUUUACUGAUUACAGAAGGUCGCACGCCUGAGCAUUCAGUGAAAGGCAGGACAGAAGGUCUCCACUGUCCUCCAGCACAGUCUUGUCAAUCCGAACCCAGUAAGCAUGAAUGCAGUGAUAAGUUGGCACAGUGCCGUCAAGCUAGAAAAACUAGGUCUGAGGUCACUCUUCUGUGGAGAAAUAAUCUUCCCAUCAUGGUUGAGGUGAUGCUGCUCCCAGACUGUUGCUAUAGUGAUGAAGGCUCUGGCACGGAGGGGAAUGAUGUAAAUGAUCCUGCAAUGAAACAAGAUGCCCUCUUGCUGGAAAGGUGGACCCUGGAGCCGGUUCCCAGGCAGAGUGGAGAUCGUUUCAUUGAAGAGAAGACACUACUGCUGGCUAUCCGUUCCUUUGUUUUCUUUUCCCAGUUAAGCGCCUGGUUGAGUGUUUCCCACGGGGUUGUGCCACGAAACAUCCUGUAUCGAGUGAGUGCAGCUGAUGGAGAGCUACAGUGGAAUUUUACUCAUUCACCAACUGUACAUGUGUUUCCCGUUCCUAAUGUAUCUCACAACGUGGCCUUGAAAGUCAGUGUCCAGUCUUUGCCUAGACAAUCCAGUUAUCCAGUGUUGAACUGUAGCAUCCACAGCAGUCUUAGCGUCUAUGAAAAGAGAUUCUCGUCACAUGAGCAGAGUGGUCCUCCGCCUCGGGAGACACGGGAGAACAGUCAGCACAGUGCGCCCAGCUCUCAGCAUACAUGUAGCAAGCAGACAUGGACUGUUGAGCCUGGUGGAUUGCUGCAAGCUAGAACAAGCCUUAGCAUGAAUCUCUCUCUUCCUGGUAGAAGCAUGAAGUUAAUUCCUGAAGUUAGUAAUGGCUAUGACAUUGGAACGUCACCAUCUAAGAUUCAGUGUUUCAGUAUGAUGCGGGAUCCAAAGGCAGCACCACAAGGAUCGCCUAUCAGAAACUUCAAGUCGUUAUCUUUGGUUGAUGUGCCCAACAAUUCACACCCAAGCCAGCCAGCAGAAACCAAUCCCCUGAUAGGCACGCUAAUUCAAGAACGUCAGGAAGUCAUAGCAAGAAUUGCACAGCAUUUGCUAAAGUGUGAUCAGUCAUCCUCACACAUAUCUACUCGUUCCUUCAAAAUGCAUGACUCCAACCCCUUAUGCUCCAAAAUAUUCAGAAUUCCAUGUGAAGAUGAAAACGCUAACAAGAUAGACCGAGAAACACCUGUCGUAUGUAAUCCCAGUUCAGACUUGAAUCUAACACCCGACAACCAGGAAAGAAAACUGAAAAACGAUUCCGAUAUACACAUCACUUCCUCCCAACAUCCUGCUGAAGAUAGUACCUCACCAAAACCACAGGCAAGAAGGAGACUCAUUUUAGUUCAAAGCAAUGAACCCAUUUCAAGCACAUUUCAACAUUCUCUUAGUAAACAUACCCCACCUGCACUCUCAGUGUCCAGUAAAGAAAAUGUGAUCAAGCUGCCGGAAAGAGGAGACCUAAAACAUAGCGGGCAGGCUGAAAAAAUCAUCAGUAAAGGAACUCUGCAUCACAUCUCAAACCACAGCACCACAAAUAUCCACAUUUCCAAUAACAAACAAACAAACACAGUUGAAAAUAGAAACCCUGACUGUGUACAUCUCGACAACCACAAAAACUGUUCACGAAAUGCAGUGGCUCUGAAAACCGGUUAUGUUUGCCAAACGGCAGAGCCUAAAUGUACCGAGAACAUAAGGAAGGCACAAGGGUCUGAUCAUAACACACAAAUUCAUAGCACUGGAAAUUAUGUCAAGAAAGACAGAGAGGGACUGAAAUGCAAAGAGACCCAGGACAAGCUGAAAACAAGUCAUGAUGAGAAUGAGGAUCCAGCAAAGUGUGACUGUGAUAAACAAGAGCAGGGGAAAGGCAGCGGGAGCUGUUUGAGAUGUGAGCGGCUGAAGAAUACAGAACAAGCAAAAUUGGUACCACUGCGACCUUCUAAUAAUUGGAGGAAAAAGGGUUUUCAUUCUCUGGAUGGGAUCUCUACGAAAGCCUUCCACCCCUGCACAGGUUUACCUUUACUCUCAAGUCCUGUUCCACAAAGAAAAACACAGUCGGGUUAUUUUGAUCUGGACACUUCCAUACUGCAAUUUAAAGGGUUAGCUACAAAGAGACAGCGUCACUGUGAGAAAGCGGAGGCUGGUGCAGAACGUACAGACAGACAGCUCAGUUGCAGCGCUCCACCUGCUCCUUGCCUGAGCCUUCUGGGAAAUUUUGAGGAAUCAGUCUUAAAUUAUCGUUUUGAAACUCUGGGCACAGUUGAAGGUUUUACAGCAGACGUUGGGGCAAGCGGAGUCUUCUGCCCAACACACAUGACUUUGCCUGUCGACGUGUCUUUCUUCAGUGUUUCAGAGGACAAUGCUCCCUCCCCGUACAUGGGUAACAUUACACUGGAGUCUCUUGGCAAAAGGGGUUAUCGCGUACCUCCCUCUGGAACCAUACAAGUGACCUUAUUUAAUCCAAACAAAACUGUGGUGAAGAUGUUCGUGGUGAAAUAUGACUUGCAAAAGAUGCCAGCCAAUCACCAGACGUUCCUGCGGCAGAGAACAUUUUCUGUUCCUGUAAAACGGGAGAGGAAGGGGACAGGUCCUGAGAACAACAUCAAGACAGAAGAGCGAACAUUGCGUUACCUCAUUCACCUGAGGUUCCAGAGUUCCAAGUCGGGAAAGAUCUACCUCCACGGAGAUGUAAGACUCCUAUUCUCUCGCAAGUCUAUGGAAGUUGACAGUGGGGCAGCGUAUGAAUUGAAAUCCUACAUAGAAACUCCAACAAACCCUCAGUUUUCAGCAAGGGGCUGAGCAAGCCACAGCAGAGAGAAUCCUCUGGAUGAAUUAAAAUAGCUUGAUUACAUACUGCAAAGUGACAUCUGAGACUUUUGGUCUGAACGUAGGUGACAAAAAAAUGGACCAGCUCCAGAGGUUUUCUUCACUGCAUUCUGUGUAUUUGAUGUAGACUGGAAAUGAAUAGAAAGUCCUAACCCAUUUUUGUUUUAUUUUUUUUGUUGUUGUAUGUAAUACCACUUGAUUAGGUGUGUGCUGCAUUAGCAAUUCUUCCUGUUUAGUUUAGUGUUUACACAUUUUAUUUUGUUUAUUUAAUAUUUAAUGUUUCAUUUAGUAUAAUGAUUGUCCGUUUUGUCUCUGUGUUUUGCUGUAGCACAAAACCUAUGUAAAAUCAUACAGUGUAUUUUUGACAGUAAUAUUGAAAUCUAAAAUAUAUACAAAUCUUUA